AUGGCCAGUUUUAUUGAGGCUUCAAACAAAUCAGGGUUGAACUCACCAUAUUCUUGUUUAAAAAAGGGCAAUGAGAGCAUGGAAAAACAUGACAGUGUGGUGAGUGAAAUCAAGAAAAAGAAGAAGAAGAAAAAGUUAAAGCUUUUGAAAGAGGCAGGGAAACAAAUAGCAGCUGGCUCCAACCCAUCACUGCAGAACAGUUUGGUCAUAGAUAAACCUCAACCAAAUCCAGUGGAAAGGACUUGUGCAGAAAAUACUUUGCCUUCUAUAGCUGGAUUUGCCUUUUUACAGAAAGAUUCCUCCGAGUCCAAAGGUACUUUGCAGCAUUCUUACUGUAACAUUCCAAAUCCUGAAGCAGAAGGCUCCCGCAAUGUUGGUUACAAUGUGCACACAUAUAACAGUGUCUUGUCUAAGUUACAAGAUCAGCUAAAGGGCAUCUCAGAGGAAAGUGUGCCUCCAGUAGGCAAUGAGCAGCAUGCAGGAGACUGGAUAAAGAGUGAUCAGACAGAUGGUCAGUCUGUACAACAAUCAGGUCAAGGUGAAGACUCUAAUUCUGGUGCUGGCCAGUGGUCUUCACACAAGACACCUCAAACACUAGAUUUACACCAUUCCUCAUCCCAUCAAUUGAGUGCUGAAACAAACAGCAAUAACAGUGAUUUGAGAGACAAUACAAGUGCUAACCAUUCUACACAAAGUCCUGUUCCUGUGAAGGGUCAAAGUCCAUAUGGCCUCCAUGAUAGGCUUGUCUCUGACCAUGAGCAGCAGGCCUCUCCUUUGGACAAGUCAGCCAUGUGCUGCGACACCUGUCACAAGGUGGGCAAACAGGACUCCUACUUAUGUUCUGCUCAUAAAGUGCUGUCUGAAGGCUGUGAUAAAGCUGCUGUGCCCUCCUCAGUCUCAGGGGAGUCUACUGUCCGGGUGAAGCUAGAGCAUAAUGGGGGGUUAUGUGUUAGCAACCACAUCAGUCCAGUAGAGAGUUCAGGGACUGAAGGGAGAGAACUCUGUCAUCAGACUGGUUUUCUCACAGAUGAUCCCUUCUCUUUUAAAACAAGUGCUGCCUGUGACCUCAAGGAUGUGGAGUUUAAAUGUGAGGAACAAGAUCGACUUGAUCGUCUGAAGUCAAACGCAAAGAUUGAAAUACCAGCCUGCAACUGCUUGGGGCCAGAUUAUCAGUAUAAUGAGGCGAGUGAGGGUCCAUUUUACACUCAUUUAGGGGCAGCUUCGUCCAUUGUUGCAAUCAGGCAUAUUAUGGAAGAAAGGUUUAAAUUCAGGGGAAGUGCAAUCAGAAUAGAAAAAGUAAAGUAUACUGGGAAGGAAGGGAAAAGCUCUCAGGGCUGUCCAAUAGCUAAGUGGAUUUUACGUCGCUCAGGUCCGGAGGAGAAGGUAAUGUGUAUAGUGAAGCACAGAGCGGGUCAUGUCUGCCCUACAGCAUUCAUUGUUGUGGCAAUUGUGGCCUGGGAGGGACUGCCUGCACAGAUGGCUGAUGAGAUGUACAACUAUGUGGUCAGCACUGUCACUACCAAUGGCUUUGAGACAGACCGGCGAUGUGGAACCAAUGAGGCGAAAACUUGUGCCUGUCAAGGCUGGGAUCUCCAACAGAGAGGAGCAUCUUUUAGCUUUGGGUGUUCAUGGAGCAUGUAUUUUAAUGGGUGUAAAUUUGCAAGAAGUAGGGAAGCCAGAAAGUUCAAACUCAAGGACACAUCAAAGGAGGAGGAACUUGAGGCACAUUUCCAGCAGUUGGCCACGCAUGUUGGGCCUCUGUAUAAACAAAGUGCUCCGGAGUCCUACAACAAUCAGAUAGCCUUUGAAGAGCAGGGUCAUGAAUGUCGGCUUGGAAAUGAGCCAGGCCGUCCCUUCAGUGGUGUGACAACAUGUAUGGACUUCUGUGCUCAUGCCCAUAAAGAUCUCCAUAACAUGAACAAUGGAUGUACAGUGGUGGUAACCUUGACAAAACAUCGAGGGUUUGAGAAGCCUGAUGAUGAACAGCUGCAUGUCCUACCGCUGUAUAUCCUGGACAGUACUGAUGAGUUUGGAUCAGAGGAAGGCCUCUAUGAGAAAGUAAGAACUGGCUCUCUUGAAGUGCUUCACAACUACCCAAUGGAAGCCAGGAUUAGGGCCUAUCCACUUACUCCCAAGAAACGUGGCAAAGGAAAGAAAGAUAGUCCCUCCAAGAAAGACCUACAGAAGGCAGAAAAUAGCGCACAAUAUCCUUCACAAAGUCCAAAAGACACUGGUGCAUCUCUGUGUGAGAGACAGUUGCAAUACCAAACAAUGCAAGAGCUACAAUUUCAGCGUCAUCAGCGACUUCAGAAGAAGAUGCGGGAACGAAAUGCGAUGCACGGUGCCUUUCAAAAUAACUCAGGUAAACCAGGUUCACAAAUGCUGCCAAAUCCAUUGACAUCAAAUGAAAAACCCCAGCCAGGAACAGGGGUUCCCCAGCAAGGCCAUCAUCUUUACCAAGCUUUCUGUAGCUACUUUGAAAAGUUUGGUACUUUUCCUCCACAGCCUGUUCCACAGUCCAAUCAUGAAGCUUCUCCCCAUUUACAACAGCGGCAGCAACAACCACAGCCAUCACAACAGCAGCAGGCAUUACAGCAGAAUGAUGGUCAAGUGACCAGUCACUCCCAGGGUAUGGCAGCUCAGGCACCAGUCCCUGUAAGCCAGUCUCCUCAUACACCUUAUCAUGAUAGUACGUACCCUGUCCAUAACACCAACACAUGUGGUCAGCCUUCAGGACAAGACUUAAACCACAGAAUGAACGGGAUGUUGCCACCAGCUGGGAUGUUGCCACCAGCUGGGAUUCCCGGGCGAGAUCAUGCAGCUCCAUUUCCCCCAAACCCUCAGCAAAGCCCGAAGGACUGUUUCCAGUCAGAGCCUGGGUUUGGUCCAGGACCCGAUGGUCCUUCUCCUAGCAAGAGACCUCUCAUGGAGAGUCAUCAGUACAUGAACCAUCCUCAGUCGCCAUUACAUCUGUUGUCAGAAGCAGUGUCAAUUCGUAGUAAAGCCAUGGAUAGCCAUGUGACUAAUGAGACCAGCUCCACAAGUCAGCAACAGUGGCCAUGGCCGAGUGUCAAACAGGAAUAUCCUGCUGCUCCGCUAAAUGGGAUGCCUGCUCCUGAAGGUGCUAAACCUCCCCUUUCUCACCCAACUCAGCCCAUGAGACAUGAGGUGAACUUCAACUUUGGGAGUGACUCCAGACCUGACUGUGUGGAUGGCUGUAUGAGGGACACUAAUUUCCUCUCCGCAGAGAUGGAGUAUAACGAGGACAGUUUCCUGGACCCUCAUAUUGGAGGGGUAGCUGUUGCCCUGACACAUGGUUCAGUUUACUUUGAGGUUGCCAAACGAGAGCUUCACGCUACCACAGCUUUACGCAGACCCAAUCGCAAAAACCCCACUAGGAUUAGUAUGGUGUUUUACCAGCACAAAAACAUGAACCUACGGCAUCACGGUUGGUAUGAAAAUGAACGCAAAGCAGAAAUGAUGCGAGUGAAGCGCCUAGAGCGAAUGAAGGAAGGUGGAACCGUGGAAACACCAUCUAAACCCGGUCCUAAGAAGAAGAAAAAGAAAGCUGAAGAAGUGGACUUUGCAUCUACGUCAGCAGCUAAGUAUAAGUACAUGUUGGAGGCUCCUGUUGAUCAGGCAAAUACGAUGACGACAGACUCUAUAAUAGUGCGAUGGAUAGAUUCACAGCCAAUGGUGACUGGCCCUUACCAGCGGUGGGUGUCCCACUGACCUAUCCAGUACUAACCAGUAUGCCUCUCGCAGGACCAGCCAUAGAUUUGUGAAAUGUCUUACAGUAACAGAGAAUCAUUUUGGGAAGUACCUAAAACAGUCGCAAGUUCAUUUUGUGCCAUUUCAGUAAGCCGAGACUCCAAGACCUAUUGGAUUUGGUUGUCUGAGGUCAGCAAUAAUACCAUUCACAGCUUAAACACAGCGAUCCAUUUGAGCACAGUGAUUAUCGAGAGCAUUGCAAACACUGCUGAAAAUACAUUUUUGCCAUAAAUACCUCUACAAAAAAUGAAUGAAAUGAAUUUGAGAAAGUUUUAGGUUAAUUUCCAAUUGGCGAUUUGAUUCCAUUGGAUUUUGUUUGACAUUAGGAUUUAGGGUGGGUAAAGUUGCUGUCUGGAUUCCACAAAUAUGGCUCAUAUGACAUCCUUAUUGUACUGUAUAUAUCACUGCCACACUACUCAUCGAUGUCAAUACUGGUAACAAUCCUUUGCAGCAAUGGACCAGAUUUGUCAAUCCAGAAAAUACCUGGGCACAUUUGUUUUGGAAAAGAAUUUGAAUUUAACAUAUUUCACAUUUGAGUCGUUUUUUGAUGCCAUAAAUUUCCAUCGGCAUAUAUGUGUAUACCUCUACCACAGAGCUCUAUGUAAGGCAGCAUUGGUUCAUGUCAUCAAGAUCACGCUUUAUUUGCAUGCUGUUCAUAAAUGUCACAUUAACUUGCCAAGGAUUUUCAUAGAACCUCUCAAAUCAAAAUGGCUAUCAGGUGUUGUUGGGGUGUGUGAUCACAUUGUUUGAUUGAUAUCAUGUUUGAUACAUGUUUGGUCCACUUUUCUUCAUGUUUGAUGGCCUCCAGUAAGUGGAGAUUACAGUACCCUGGUGCCAGCCACUCAUUUCACACCACAUUUCAGACUCAUUGUAUCGGACUGCCAAAACUCUUCAUUUCCAAUGUUUGAUAUUUUGUCUGAUAUAUGUCCAGUGUCCAGGAAUUUGUGGAAAAUUUGUACCUUUAUAUCUUUUCACUCAGCAUUUAAUUUGGACAAAUCUUUACCCUUUCCAAUUAGUUAAAUUUAAGUGUAGACAUGUGAUGUAUUUACAAGUUGUUGAUGGCACAAUGUUGCAAAAAUUGAAGUACUUGUAAUUAUAUUUUGAUCUACCCGGACUUUUUUAAAAUAGAAUCAAGUUUAUGUGGUGUCUGUUAAUCUCAAAGAGUAGUGUAGUCUCUUUACUGUUCCGUCUUGGUAUGUGUCCAUGUUCCUAUUACACAGUUUGGUUGUUUCAGUGUUUUUCGGUGUUUUAUCAUAACAAGUGCACAGUAUGACCUAAUUUGUACUACACAUCUUGCUUGGAUCAUCUCUUAAUUUGUAGUUCUCUUCCAAGUUUUGAUUUUGUUGGUGUUAAGUUUCCUUUAUCUGUUGUCAGUGUUUUACCAUUUUGAAUGGAGUGUUUUAAUUUGUUACUUUUUCAGUUAUUUACAUACACUGCAAAUUUUUGAGAGCUCUUUCUACGAGUUGUUAUGGUUUGGUUAUGUUUUUUAACAAGAGGUUAAAAUCGUGUUGUUUUUUUUUUUUUAAUUAAAUUUUUACCGAAGGCUGUUAUUUCAGUUGUAUUUUAAAUUGUGACUUCAUAAAUUCUUACUAUUGUUGUAAGUAUUGGUAGUUAACAAAUGUUUUUAAUUAAUAUUGACUGCUGGAAUAUGGCAGAAACACUUACAGCAUCAACAAUCAGCACAUGUUUAUCUGACAUAAUAUUUGCAGUUGUUUAAAUGUGAAAUUAUAAACAAAAACUUGUCACUUGAGUGUAUUAUUACAUUAUUUUGGGUUUAUAAAACCAGUUUUGGUAGUUAUGUAGUUAACUGGAUAACAGCUUAACUCGCCCCAUGCUUUUAUCACUUUGGUACCUGUAAUUUGAUAAAGGCAUUUUGAGGUUAAAAUAUGUUUUAGCAUACAGUUUUACUUUUACAGUGUGUAUUGAACGAUAAACUUGUCUUGUCUUGUCUUCAGUACAUUGUAAGCCGUUCAGUAGAUGACAUGUGUCUAAGAUUGACAGUUUUAUGCAAAUCUCCUUUCCUAUCUGUUUAGGGAUGGUUAUUCUCUUGUUCACAUUUUUCAUGUGUGUUUGUAUUUUCCAGGAGUUAUCACAUAUCUCCAGGUCUUAAAACUUUCAUACCGCAUGUUUCUGUUCUAUUUUCUCAGAAUAGUAGUUAGUACUAUAAUAAUUAUUUAUUUCCCCAAGAGGUCUGUUUUGUAGUCUGUACUUUAGGGUGUUGAAGAUUCCAAAUGGAAUUUUGAGCUUAAUCUACAUUCUCUGUCUGCCUCUCUCUCCCUCCCCCUCUCCCAAUACCGCAAAAUGUGUGGGGGUGGGGGCGGGGUCCUGUAACAUGAGUUGCCAAUCACAGCUUUAUGUUACCUCCCUUGUCUCACGAUAACAGCUGUGACAUAACCCAAAUUCUCUCUGUAGUUUCUAACGUGCGAAGCAUGCAGACCUUUGGUUAUGUCGAUAUGGUAACAGUUAUAUUAUAGUGACUGGCGGAUUUCAUGGCAGUAAAACCCAAAACAUCAGCUGUUGAGUGCGAAAAAAACGUACUCUUCUCUAAAACACAGAUUGAGUGUAGCCAAAAAGGUCUCAAUUUUACAAAACCUCGUAAUUUAAAGCGUGAGAUGUUCACAACUUUUCAUCUACAGGCGAGGAAGAGACAAAUUGUCUGCGGAAUUCACUGGGUCUUUCAGUCCAGUGACUUGAAACCGUCUCCAAAACUAUCACUUUAACAUACUCUUACUGUGCCCAUUGUGAGUAUAAAGUGGUAUUUAAAUUAAAAGAGAAACAAGCCUGAAUUUUUAAUUUGCAUAAAGGAAGCACCAUAUAAUAGUCAAACCAUGAUUUGAAAAUUAAUGCAUAGAACUCGACUUGACUCGAGUUUACUUACCAUUUUGCCUGAUGUGACGUAAAAAUAUUCUUUAUGUGAUGCCGAGUCCUUUCCGCUUAAUCGUCAGGAAUGGGUGAUGACAUGAGUUUCGGAGUGAAAAAUGGUCAGACAUUGUGGAAACAACAGAAAUAUUUUGUUUCCGUAUGAUCAUGUGAAACAUACAAAAGAGAGUUAAAUACUUUGUGUAGCUUUUCUUCUUCUUUCUAUCUAUUGUUUGUUUAUUUUUUUUUAGAAGAGCGAGGUUUUGCGGUGCUAACCCUGGUAAAGCGCUCUCUAAAAUGCACAAUUUGCGUAAGAGAGCGACCUCAAGGGAGGUAAUUUGGCGGAGGAGCUCUAUUCACUGCGUGUUGUGUAGUAUGACAUGCGUGUAGAUUGGAUUCCUGUUGCUACAUUGAUAAUGUAAUGUUACUUAUUGUAAGUCAGAUGUUAUGUCUGAUCUUUGAAGAAGAUUCAAGAUACACAUUUUUUGUAGAUUUAUACUGAAGGGAGCAGUAACUGUAAAUUCUUGUUGUUCAACGUUAAAAACAAGUGGAUUUUUCUGAUGUGUAUACCAUAGUUAAUAAUUAUGUUAAUGAACAGUAAUACAUAAGAAAUGUAUGUAAUUUGUCUGCCGCAAGAGAAUUUCAAGCACAAUGUUCGUUUUUGAUGACAUAUGUAAAUUUUAGGUCCAGAUAUGUACAACUAUUUGCACAAAUUUUGAUGUUGUAAAAUAAUUCGUAUAAAUUUGUACAGAUACACUUUGUAAAUAUAACGUCAAAUCUAAAAAUAUUUAAAUAGAGACUGAGUGGGCGUAUUUAUAAGUAUGUAUUUACAAAUGUGCUUGCUGGAGCUAUAGGUGGGACAUGCAGUGGUUAGUUUAGGAAGAUAGUUUACUUGCUCAGGUGCAAGUGUAGGUGAACUUGUCCUUUGGACGAGGGCCUGAAUUACUACAUUUUCUGACGGAGUGUACAUUGCAAGAUUCAGGGAACUUGAAAAUAUUUUGUUUUUGUUGUAAUUGUAUGGUGGUUGCUGGCCUGCAGAUUCUGUUGAUCGCCUUGUGUAAUAGUAUUUGCUAUUUAAUGGUUUAACUCAAGGUGACUUCUCUGCAGUAGUUCGGUUUUAAAACUUUGUCCACAGUUAGAAUCAUGUAGAGUGUUAUUCCGUACUGUAGUUACGUGUGUUUGUGCUGUAUCUGUUUUCUGAUCACUACAGUUAUUCACCCAGGUUGCUAUAAUGUUAAA